AUGUCUGUUAAGAAAUUUAAUGGAAGUGAUUCUAGAGUUUCCUAUGAAUUCGGUCACUUUCUAUUGGAUAUGAGCUGUACGAUGGUGAUGAGACUCCCUUACAGCAAGCGUUGCAAGAUGGCCACGGAAGUGCAGAAUUGCGAGAAAAUCGUGAAUAUCUUCCACUACUUUAGGAUGAUGUACUGCUCGUUUAAAAUUACCGAUCAAUUUAUGGAGAUUUGCGUGAUGUUUUUAUUCGUUCUGAUAUGCCUCGCAUUUCUGGAGCUUAUGUCAUCGAGCAUUAGGCUAUUCUUUACUCCUGCCUUGAAAAUCGUCUCUGUAUGGCUGCAUAUGAACGAGUACCUGACGGGUGUUACCCUACUGUCCUUUGGCAAUGCAAUACCGGACAUUAUAGGUAAUCUGGCGCCAAUUAGGGGCAAUGCGUCGAUAUUUUCUAUCGUCAUUGGCAACGCACUGGUCAUCAUACUCCUAAGUGGGGGUAUUAUCUGCUUUCUGAAGCCAUUCAAGCUGAGCGGUUCUUGCGCCACCAGAGACCUUCUGUUUCUACUGCUUUCUGUGGAGCUUUCACGAUAUAUGAUAUUAUACGGCGGAAAGGUGACCAUUCUGAAAAGUCUUGUGGUGAUUUCUAUUUAUUUUAUAUAUUUAUCUGUCAAUAUACUCGAUCUCGUCAUUCAGCGCCAUAGCAUCAGAAAACUUCGAAGGGAAAUUCAUGAACUAAUGGGUCAUCCUCCUGGCGUGCAACGAGACCAAGAGAUCGCAGAAAAACGACAAGCAAUAUAUGAACUAAAACUUCACGACGACAUGGUUAUCACAGACACUGCCGAUUACCGGCGUAGGGCUAAACAUCGGGCCUUUAAGAAUACCAAUGCGGCUUUCUUUACCACAUCCAAGGUGCUGGACCAUCAUGUGCCAGUUGACUUUGCUGCUACUGGAAAAAUGCUCCAUGAUGACCGAAAUCCGAAGAACUUGUAUCUGUUCAGCGAUUUCCUCGAGUCACUGAAUCCCAUUGAUAUGGAGGAUUGGGAGCUGGGUGGCAGGUUAUCUCGGUUAUAUCAGAUCAUUGGAUGUCCACUGGUUUUCCUAAUGCUUUUGGUCAUUCCCUAUGUGGAUUAUGAGAAGGCAAAGCACGGAUGGAGCAAGUUGCUCAACUGCACGCAGAUCAUUACGGCUCCGUUCAUCUACAUUAUCCUUGUGCAUUCAAUGAUCGUUUCCGAAUUCAGCGGCUGGUACAUCGUACUCCAAUUUUCCUACGCAAAGUGGACCUUCCUUCUGACAGUGCCUUUGGCCAUAGCUGUCUUCGCUCAUAGUCGCACAGAUCGGCCGCCCUUCUACCAUAUCGUCUUUGUCGGCUUGAGCUUCACCAUUGCCAUUGUGAAUAUCUGGAUUUGCACCUGCGAAAUUGAGGUGCUAACUACUGUUAUUGCCAUUGUCUUCAACAUAUCCUCAAACUUCAUGGCCAUCACCUUUGGCUCAGUGUCGAUUGCGGCUGCGGAUAUAAUAGCAAACGCCACCCUCGUCCUGCAGGGCUACGAGAAGAUGGUGUUUGCGGCCAUAAUAGGUGGACCACUUUUCAACAACAUAAUGAGCAUCGGAAUAUCCCUAUUGUAUAAUGAGGGUGUUCGCCAAGAUGGCACGGCGUCUCUAUACGGCACCCACGGGGAGAACUGUUACGUAUUCAUCAUGAUAACUAUCAUAAGCACAUUGUGCUGGUGCUUCUUCUAUAACUUCCUUAUGCGACGUUCCGCUGGCAUUUUAUUGUGGUUCAUCUUUUUGCUCUUUUUUAUUUACACAGCUGGCAUGGAGUGGGGCUUCGUGCACGGCUUCAACGAUGAUAUCCAAAAGGGUCCCAUGUAACUCUGACUUCUGAUUCCUUGCAAUGCGGUAUUUAUUCCUAUUGUCCCUAAUAAAAAUGGGGGAGUUUUGUGUGGGUUAUAUGAAAACGGUCUAAUGACAAAUGUUUGUGCUCGGGGUCGUUUAUUUAUAUGUCUCUAUCGGAAGAACCUAG